GUGCAGAAGCAGAACAGAAACACAGGGAAAAAAGAAGAAAAAUGGUGAGUGGUGAUAAUAAUAAUAAUAAUAAUAGAUCUCAUCAUCAUUCUGCAGAUUUUCUACUAAUCAAACAAGAUGACAAGUUCUUCUCAAGGCUUUUGUCUAAGGAAAGCACUGUAAAAGGAGGUGAGUCUUCUUUCAGGUAUUAUUACUGUGGAGGAUCUUCUGGUUCAAUUCCAUUUGUUUGGGAAUCUCAACCAGGUACUCCUAAACACAAAUUCUCAGAUAUUUCUCUUCCUCCACUUACUCCUCCACCUUCUUAUCAAACUAAUGCUCCAUUGCGAAAACAAUCAAAAUCAAAUUUCUUCUUUUCGAUUUUCCCUAAAAUCAUUCCCUCCAAGAGAAUCACAACUUCUCCUUCUGUUUCAUCGUCUUGUUCGUCGUCGUCAUUUUCAAUUUCAUCCGUACAAACUAUGGCUUAUAAUUCUUCGAACAGAAGAAAUUACCGUUUUGAGGAGUAUGAUCAUGACAAGAUGCAGCAGAUCCCUUCUUCACCAACUUCAACACUCUGUUUUGGAUGCAGAAUGGGGAAUUCAAAGCGUUUUCGAGUCAAUUCUAAGAAUGUGAAGAAGGCAUUUUCAACUUUCGUUGGUAAUUGAUCAUGAUAUAUUUGAAACAUGGUGUUCAUCUUGUACAUCAGUUUUAGAUAGUAGUUGUAGAAUGGUGUCAACUGUUAAGUGUGCUGCUAUCCGAUUCCCCUGUUUUAAAUUAUUUGCUACUAAUAAUCUCGGGAUCCAUCCAGAUGCUUUUCCAUUUUGUCUGUGUCAAAGUUGAUGCUAUUCAUGUCUUAAAUUCUCUCAACUGGUAUUACUUCAAGUGUGAAUUUUCUCAUAUUCAAUUUUACUUUUAUUCUGUUCUACUAAUUAGGAUGUACAAAUAUAUAUC